CGCUCUGGAAGAGCGCUUUGUUUGUUCCGCUCGGCAUCUACCGACCUUUUUUUAGCCGGUCGUGCUAACUUGGACUGCUUCGAGUUUAUUGUGACACUUUCCCCAAAUCGGCGCCCGUUAUCGAAUCGUGUGUUGCUCUACCAUAAAUUACCAGUGGGUUUUUUGAUGUUAAUGAAUAAGAGUGCGCGGAAAGACAUUCGAAAUGGCAACGCGCUUUAUGGAUAUGCUGAAGCUGACCUUUAAGGUGCUCAGUUUUAAGUACGAACAGCGAAAGUUGGCCACUUCAAUCUAUUCUGUGAUAAAGACUAAGUUGGGACCUGUGCGCGGAGUGAAAAGGAACACUAUCUGGGGAGGAAGCUACUUCAGUUUUGAGAAGAUUCCUUUCGCUAAGCCCCCAGUGGGAGAUCUUCGUUUCAAAGCUCCUCAACCAGUGGAGCCAUGGGAUCGGGAAUUGGAUUGCACUUCGGCGGCAGAAAAGCCCCUGCAGACACACAUGUUUUUCCGCAAAUUCGCGGGCUCAGAGGAUUGCCUGUACUUGAAUGUAUAUGCCAAAGAUUUGCAACCGGAUAAACUACGUCCCGUGAUGGUUUGGAUAUAUGGUGGGGGAUUUCAAGUUGGAGAAGCCUCACGGGAUAUGUACAGCCCCGACUUUUUUAUGUCAAAGGAUGUCGUUAUAGUCACUGUGGCCUAUCGAUUAGGUGCUCUAGGCUUCCUAAGUUUGGAUGAUCCCCAACUAGAUGUGCCCGGAAACGCUGGUCUCAAGGAUCAAAUCAUGGGACUUCGAUGGGUGCAGCAGAACAUUGAGGCUUUCGGUGGUGACCCCAAAAAUGUAACACUCUUUGGCGAAAGUGCCGGAGGAGCCUCUACUCACUUCCUUACUCUGAGUCCCCAAACCGAAGGACUCAUCCACAAAGCCAUCGUAAUGUCGGGCACCGUUCUGUGUCCCUGGACGCAACCACCGAAAAAUAACUGGGCCUAUCGUCUGGCCCAGAAGUUGGGAUACACCGGUGACAAAAAGGACAAGGCCAUUUUCGAGUUUCUGAGAUCAGCGAGUGGCGGGGAAAUUGUCAAGGCCUCCGCCACAGUCCUCAGCAAUGACGAAAAGCAUCACAGAGUCCUGUUUGCCUUUGGACCUGUUGUAGAACCCUACAGCACUGGGCACACGGUGAUCGACAAGUCACCCCAUGAAGCAAUGCAGGAUAGUUGGAGCCACAGGGUGCCCGUUAUGUUUGGGGGCACCAGUUUCGAAGGGUUGCUUUUCUAUCCAGAGGUUUCGAGGCGUCCUGCCACUUUGGAUGAGGUGGGAAACUGCAAGAAUCUGCUUCCAAAAGAUCUAACCCACAAUUUGGAUCCCAAACUACGCGAAAACUAUGGCCUGCAACUGAAGAAGGCUUAUUUCGGCGAUGAGCCCUGCAACCAGGCCAACAUGAUGAAGUUCCUCGAACUGUGUUCGUACCGCGAAUUCUGGCACCCCAUUUAUAGGGCAGCAUUAGCUCGAGUCCGCCAAUCCAGUGCCCCCACCUAUCUGUACCGUUUCGAUCACGACUCCAAAUUAUGCAAUGCCAUUAGGAUCGUUCUUUGUGGUCAUCAGAUGCGAGGAGUUUGCCAUGGAGACGAUCUCUGUUAUAUAUUCCACAGCAUGCUAUCACACCAAUCUGCGCCAGAUUCCAUAGAACAUAAGGUAAUCACUGGAAUGAUCGACGUUUGGACGACUUUCGCCGCUACCGGCGAUCCGAACUGCGAAAGUAUAAAGUCUCUAAAAUUCGCCCCCCUCGAAAACGAAACGGAUUUUAAGUGCCUCAAUAUUGGGGAGCAGUUUGAAAUCAAGGCGCUCCCAGAAUUGCAGAAGAUUCAACCAGUUUGGAACAGUUUCUAUGCCCCGAAUGAACUGUAGAUGCAGUGCAUCAAUAAAAGGUUUUUUAGCUUUAACUGUCUCAAUUGCUUGGAUUUGGAUGAUCUUAUAUUGUGUAAAUACGUUGUACAUGUGUUGUGGAUAUUUUAGUUCUGAGACGUUUAUUGUUUAUUUUUAAAUGCUGUUUUUAGGCUUAUGAAAUAAGUUUGAUUUUACAGGGUAAAUAAAUAUAUUAAAUAAAAUGAAACAUACAAAAAAACAAAUGUAUAUUUAUCAACAUUAUAAUUGUUUAAAACGUAAAUCAAAUCUGACUUGUUAAAUAAGUAUUAAUUUAUUUUUGACAAUACGACACUUCCAAAUGGAGUUUUAUAAAAAUGUCGGUCAUAACAGUAAUGAUAAAUAGUAUCAUGCAUUUUAAUCGUUCCAAAGUAACUAUUCGACAUCAUAAUCAAUUAUUUAAUAAAAUAAAAAUAAAAACAUGCGCAAAAUCAAA